AUGGGGUCACAAAGAAGUGUAUCUUCAAGGCACCAUUCUCUGAGCUCCUAUGAAAUCAUGUUGGGUGUUCUCUUUGGCAUAUUAGUGGUGAUCUGUGUUGGAUUAAUUACAAUAUCAUGGCUGGCAAUCAAGGAAUCAGAAAGAGAUCACUUGAAGACGGCUGAUUUUUUCCUCGUGUAUCAUCUUUUGCUUUGCAGAAAUGGCAGCAUUAUAGUCAUAUUUGACCUUUUCUUUGCCCAGUGGGUGUCAGAUGAAAAUGUAAAAGAAGAACUGAUUCAAGGCAUUGAAGCAAAUAAAUCCAGCCAACUGGCCAUUUUCCAUAUUGAUUUGAACAGCAUUGAUAUCUCAGCCACAGCUUGUGAUGGAAGAUUUUUGUUGACUGAGUCAUCUGGGUCUUUCCAGGCUGCCCAUUAUCCAAAGCCUUCUAACCCGACUGUUUGCCAGUGGAUCAUACGUGUAAAUCAAGGGCUUUCCAUUAAACUGAACUUCGAUUUUCUUAAUAUGUAUUAUACAGAUUUAUUAAAUAUUUAUGAAGGUGUAGGAUCAAGCAAAAUUUUGAGAGGAUUUUACAUUUCUACCCCAACUGGACCAGGAGGGAGACGAGAAAGAGUGGGACUUUUAAGCCUCCCUUUGGACCCCACAUUGGAAUCAGUCUGCCUUAGCUUCUGGUAUUAUAUGUAUGGUGAAAAUGUCUAUAAAUUAAACAUUAAUGUCAGCAGUGACCAAAACAUGGAGAAGACAGUUUUCCACAAGGAAGGAAAUUAUGGAGAAAAUUGGAAUUAUGGACAAGUAACAUUAAAUGAAACAGUUGAAUUUAAGGUCGCUUUUCAUGCCUUUAAAAACCAGUUCCUAAGUGAUAUAGCAUUGGAUGACAUUAGCCUAACACAUGGGAUCUGCAAUGAGAGUCUUUAUCCAGAACCAACUGUGUACACAGGGCCUGGUCCAGUAGAGGAUGUGUUCUCUACCACCAAUAGAAUGGCUGUGCUUUUAAUAACCGACACCACUGUGACAGGAAGAGGGUUUAAAGCAAACUUCACUACUGGCUAUAACUUGGGUAUUCCAGAGCCCUGCGAAGAAGACAAUUUUCAGUGUGAAAAUGGAGAGUGUGUUCCACUGGUGAAUCUCUGGAAUUCAGAGAGUCAACAGUGUUUACAGGAUUCCCUGAUUCUGUUGCAAUGUAACCAUAAACCUUGUGGAAAAAAACUGGUGGCUCGGGAAGUCACCCCAAAGAUUGUUGGAGGAAGCGAUGCCAAAGAAGGGGCCUGGCCCUGGCUUGUCGCUCUGCACUAUAAUGGCAGACUGCUCUGUGGCGCAUCUCUCGUCAGCAGUGAAUGGCUGGUGUCUGCCGCACACUGCGUGUAUGGGAGAAAUUUAGAGCCAUCCAAGUGGACAGCAAUCCUAGGCCUGCAUAUGACAUCGAAUCUGACUUCUCCUCAAACAGUCACUCUGUCGAUAGAUCAAAUUGUCAUAAACCCACUUUACAAUAAACGAACAAAGAACAAUGACAUUGCAAUGAUGCAUCUUGAAUUUAAAGUGAAUUACACAGAAUAUGUACAAAAAAAAUCACUUGAUAAAGAAAACCAUGAAUAUAUUGAUGCAUGUCGAUCACUUCUGGCUGGCUGACUGCAACAUCCAUUUUGAGCAGGUCCUACUGCAAACAUAUUGCAAGAAGCUGAAGUUCCUCUUCUAUCAAAUGAAAAAUGCCAACAACAGAUGCCAGAAUACAACAUUACUGAAAAUAUGAUAUGUGCAGGCUAUGAAGAAGGAGGAAUAGAUACUUGUCAGGGGGAUUCAGGAGGACCAUUAAUGUGCCAAGAAGACGACAGAUGGUUCCUUGCUGGCGUGACGUCAUUUGGAUACCAGUGCGCAGUGCCUAAUCGCCCAGGGGUGUACGUCCGGGUCACGAGGUUCACGGAAUGGAUACAAGGUUUUCUACGUUAG